AGAUUUCUUUAUUAUUUAGCUAGUCACACGUGUUGUCUCAUUCAGAAAUCAUCUAAUAUAAAUUGAUCAAGAAAGCAGAGGAAUUUAAAAUAUUAAAUUUAUCUGCAAUUAUUACACACGAUUGCUUGAUAAAGAAGGUGAAAAUUUUCUUAUCGAGUUAUAAUUUGAAUCAUGUUUCGUAUUUUGAGUUUCUGUGAACAUCGUCAUGGCUGGUAAUUACAAAAGUUUUAUGAAAUUAUUGGAAUCGUGGCCACUAGAUAAAUCCAAAGCAGGCAGCGAUUUGGGACAACACAUUCGUGACCAAUUAAAGAUUGCUUUUGCAAAGGGUGACGCAGCUAGUCAACCAAAUCCGGAACAGUGUAAUCGAUAUUAUUCAAGUUUGAAAAGACUUUCAUCAAAUCAUUAUGGACAACUUUAUAAACGUUCCUUAUUAAGUACUGCAAGUGGAUUAAACAGGGAGCAAUGUAACUUGGCUCUGACGCCAGAAAUGUUAGAUUAUCUGAAGGAAGAAGACAAGGGAAUAUUUUACAGAGCUUAUGGAAAGAUCCGAAAUAUUGUAAAAUAUGAUAGGAACUAAGUUUAGAUAUUUUUAGAUAAGUUUAGUAAGAAAGGAUAUUUUAUUAACAAACAACAUAUAUUAUUAGCAAACACAGAUUUACUAUUCUUAGGUAACAUUAGACAAUAUAGUAAUGUCUGCUCUGACAAAUAUUCGCAUAUGCCUAUUAUGGCACAGGAAGUAUUAACAUAUAUGGACUUAGCACCAGGCAGGACAUAUGUAGAUAUGACAUUUGGUGCUGGUGGUCAUACCAUUAAACUUUUAGAACAUUUACCUGAUAUAAAGAUAUUUGCAUUAGACAGAGAUCCUGUAGCUUACAAAUGUGCGCAACAGUUAUCGCAAAAAUAUCCAGGGAAAGUAAUUCCUUUGUUAGGUAGGUUCUCCGAAUUACCACAGUUACUUAAACAAUAUAAUAUUGAGAAAAAUAGCAUAGAUGGUUUCUUGUUUGAUUUUGGUUGUUCACCAAUGCAAGUUGAAGUUGCAAGUAGAGGUUUCUCAUUCACAAAGAAUGGGCCUUUAGAUAUGAGAAUGAAUGCUUGUUUGGAACAACCUACUGCUGCAGACGUGUUAGAUAAAGCGACAGAAGAGGAUUUGGCUCGAAUUAUAAAAGUUUAUGGACAAGAAAAGUAUGCUAAGAAAAUUGCGCGUGCUGUUAUUGAAGCUAGAUAUAUGUUUAGAAAAUUAGAAACAACACAGGAAUUGGUUCAAUUGGUUGAAUCUGUUGUAGGUGAUGAAAUUUGGAAGGAUGAUCUUUGUAAAUAUUCACAAAGUACUGCAAAAACAUUUCAAGCGCUUAGAAUUUUUGUCAAUAAUGAAUUAAAUGAAAUCAAUUAUGGUAUACUUCUUGCGAAUAUAUACUUGAAAUUGUCUGGUCGUUUAAUAACUAUUUCUUCUAAUAUGCUUGAAGAUAUUAUAGUCAAAAGACAUCUGUCUGGAAAUAUAACAGAUAAUGUCGCUAAUACUAUAGCAUUAAAGUAUGCGAAUUAUGGUAAAGUGUUUGAUAGGGAUGAAUGUGAAAUAUUGACAGAAACACCAUGGAAAAUGAUGCAUAAGCAUGUUCUAACACCUACAAUUGAGGAAAUUAAAAACCCGAGAUUACGAUCGAUGAAAUUGCGUGCCAUUAUGAAAGUGAAAUAAAUCUGUUUUAUGGAUUAAAA